AUGGUCGUCGCCUGUGUUUCCUGUGGUGUAUUGUGGUGGUGCAUGGGCUUCGCCUCUCCCCCCGGGAUUGAAGAAAUAAAUCCUAUCAAAAUGGACGUUGUUGACGUUUCAACGCACGCAUCUGCGUCCUUGCCUUCUUGUUCCAAAAAUGGCUGCGAUGCGAAGAAACCAAGGCAGGUGCUCCGAAGGCAGUCACCUUCUCUUGAUGCCGGAGUGGGAAGGCACGGCUUCAUUUACUUAACCGCACCUACAAGAGCUCUGCGCUUGGAGAAACGCAAUUGCCAUCACAAGUUCUUCGAGUGCCGGUGGGAGAGGAGGUCUGACUUACAUACCUUCUCUCUUGCCUUGUUUCGCUCCUGCCGUAUUACGGUGCCGUGUGUGCCUCUCGACUUUCCCCGCAUUGAUCUCUCCCUGAGCCGUGCCUACCCUCUUCUGAGGGAUCCAUCUAUUGGCAAGCGGGAAAGCACGGCAAGAGCAUUCUGGACCUCGCUGCUUCACCGCCCUCGGGCUGCCCCAACCCUCCCACGCUUUCCCACGCUUUUCCACCACCCCCAAAAUCUGACUGAGCAAAUCAUCAUCGUCCAAUUGACCCCACAUGAUGUGAAGAACGCAACGCCUCCCACGCAUCUACAAAGUAUUCCAUCGCGUCGCAUCACCAGGAAAAGCCCUCAGAGUGUCACCGAACCAGACUUUGUCAUCUUUUGGUUCGAAACAUCUGCAGGUGGGCUACCUUAUGUUACUAUUUCUUCCACAAACGUCUUGACCGUCUUUGUGAUAAUCUGCAGACGCCACUUGUGGCUCUCCUCAUGUGGCGUUGUGCAGCAGCAGCAGCAGCAGCAAAUUAGCAACCGCAUAAUACAAGAAAUUCCCGAAUGCUACCAAGAGCCCCUCUCGAUUGUCUACCUGCAUCAUGUAUCGUCAGAUAGUCGAGUCUUUCAACCACAUUACGCUCAACUCUGGCUCAAUACUCUACUGCGUACUCCUUACCACAUGGUGAUUGACCAUUUCUUCUCCCCAUCCACCUAUUCCCGUCCCGUCUCCAUGGCUUGUGGACUGACACCAUCAUCCACCACCACCUCCUCCCCUUCUCCAGUUUACCGCUGUUCUCUAACCAUUGCUUGCGCACAGACCUACGCCUCUUCCUCUCGGUCCAGGCACGAAGAGAAUGCUGACGAAACGUGGCUGACAUGCCUGGCCUGUCUCUGCUUGUUAACCGGCCCUCCACUGCUCGUCCUGAUGUCUGCAGCGUGCGGCGUGCCUGGCUUCCUGCCCGUGCCACCGGCCGAUUCAAAUCGCACUUCCUCGACCGGUAGAGACAGCCCACUUGCAGACUCACCUACUUGCAAGUGUCUAUCAUGCAAGCCAGUGUAUUCGGAUCACACUGGAAUCCACCUCUCGUCCAAAGAGGUAAAGAACCCGCAGAGGAAGCCAUCCCAAUGGGGUAACAAAUCCAUGAGGGGAACUACUGCAGGUGCUAAGCUUGUCCCACUGAUGGUGCAGUUCCUUGAUUUUGCGUCGCAUGGCAAUUGCUCCGGCUACCACAUCAAACGCCCAGAACGCACCGCAGACAAUGACCGCAAGGCUCAAUCAACGGCCUACCCUUCGGACUCUGUCCGCAACGGGAAAUGCCGUAUGCCGUCUGGCCCUGGUCUGGUGACUGAAAGGGCAUGGUGUGCGCAAUUGCCAUACUAUCAAGUAGAACAACACGAACUCGUGCAAUCGGGCACGCAGACACACACACCUACACGUACACGAACACGCAUACACCAUCACCACUUCGUGUAUACGAUGAUACCUGUGUUCAUUGUUAGUGGCUUGCUCUGGCCUGAGAGUCUGGGACGCACGCUGGCAUUGCUGGCACACACCAUCAACACCUGCUAG